AUGGAUGAAGAUGAGAAGGAUGGUGAUGGGGAUAGCGAGGAAGCGGAGAAAGGGGAGAAGGAGGAGGAGAAAGAGGAGGAUGAUAGAGACUGUGACUGUGACACAGAAGCUGACGGUGACGGUGGCGAUAAGGACGAAGCCGUUGACGCAACGUCCACACUCCACCGGCCGAAUCUCAAAGACGGCUGCGUUUCAGCAAGUUGGCAGGGAGAGGAGGAAAACCGCGACGGCGACGAGCAGGGUCGCUUCGGGGGAGAACGAGGGACGUUCACCACCACUGAUCCCGCCUCCGUGUGA